AUGUCAGCGCGGAUUCCACCCGGUACGCGAAGUACUGAUCACUAUUGCCCUCCAGCGGAAAGACUUUCAAACACCUCACUGAUACUGAGGGAUAUUAUUAUCGGCUUUGCAGACGGGUUGACUGUUCCUUUUGCAUUAACAGCGGGUCUCUCCAGUCUCGGUUCCGCAAAGCUUGUUGUCAUUGGCGGGCUUGCAGAGCUCCUAAGUGGCACCAUCUCAAUGGGAAUGGGUGCGUAUCUUGCUGCAUUAACGGACCGAGAUCGUUAUUCAAGCCAGGAGAAAUUUGUAAGAGAUAAAGUGAAUUGCAGGCCUGAGGCCGAAAGAUUGGAGAUCAUCGAAGUGUUUCUCGGCUACGGGAUAAGCAGAGAGGCUGCGGAGGGUGUUCUCAACUGCCUCACUCUCGAGGAUACUUUGGUCAGAUUUGUAAUGGAAUUCAAGCUCAGGUAUAUGAAACCAAAUCCAUCACGAGCAUGGCUCUCUGCUCUAACCAUGGGAAUUUCCUACUUCGUUGGCUGGCAUGGAAGUGCUCAAUGGAAUAUUUUCGCCAUCAAGUUGAGCGCGGAGUAA